GGUUUUCUGUAGUGCACUCCGAAAUACACCUUUUCAAUACCUUAGCUUUAAUCAAAAUGUACCUUGUCAGGAGCAAAAAUAUUUUAAUCUAUUGGUCUUUUCUUUUUAACUACCAUGUAAAUCACCUUGUUCCCCGCUCGUUGGCCUGUGUCCUGCAGCUCGCCUUGUGCCUGGAGCAGCUAGUCAGUUCACCCCGACACUCAGAGCAAACAGGACUUCAAAUAAACAGUUCCUGCAUAAUCCAGUGAUUCUUAAUGGUAUUCACGGAGAUACGAGAAAAUUCAGGAUUUCCCUGGGGCCAGAGUGGCCUCACCCGCAGUGAACAGCUCCGGGCACUUCACUACAGUCAGGUUGUCAGCGGUAGGGGAAAUUACACUAAAGAUAAGUAUCUUGCAUAUUGAAGUUGCAUUAAAGUAAGGCCCAUGUCCCGAUCACAAAGUCUGUGCCACGCAAACCACCCCUUUUAGUUUGCUUGUUUUUCCCGUUAACAUUUACCAAAUGUUUACUCAUUUAUCUUAUUUUGUGUUGGACAUUUAGUUUGGCUUUUAUUGUUCAUUUAAUUAUUGGUUUAUUAUUUGUUACCGAGAGCGACGCACCCUCCAGAGACAAGGCCCAAAACCAGGGAAUCAUGUGAACCCAAAAUCCAAACCUAACUUUCCUAUCUUCUAUUUAUUCCCUAAACAGGGUGGCUAGCCCCCCCCCCCCUCCUUAUUAAUACUUCGUGCCAAAUUACAGAAAAUGCGAUAUUACCAACUCUUCUGAGCGGUGAUAUACAUUGGAUAUUUUCGUCAUUCGCGGUAAAUAUGAGGCUGUGUUGUUUAUUGCUCUGAUUUCUUAUGCUCUUUAAGAUGGCAGCGUCCAUUUACCCCCAUUUUUGUGUCGCGCUCGGUAACACGGAACACAUUUGAACUUCAACUAUAUUAUUUAUUUAACCCUCAGUUAUUGUCAGUUUUAAAUUUGCUUUUCAUGUGACUUGCCCAGUUUUUUUUACGUAGCAUUUUAUUGUCUAUCGCACUUUAUUUUCUUGUAAAUUCUAACUUCUUGUAGUAAUGGGUUGUCAUUUUUAUCUAGAUAUUUAACACUAGUUUGAUUUUACAUAUAUAGUUAUCUUGUAUUUUUUACAGCGAGUUUGCAUUUUGCAGGUACAUUUUUGCAAGGACUUUGGUGCAUGACUUCGAGUGUCUGUGUUGUGGGCUUCGCUGCCUCGCGGCUUUUUCACUCCCUAGACCAGCCUAUCUGUGGUCGCCAGAUAGGACCCGCUCGCACAAUCACCUCGCCUCGCAACUCGUCUCAACAGUGCUACUCGGAGGGCUGUGCUGAUGGGCAAAUCGAGGCAAGAACCAUGCGGCGCCACGCCCAUGAGGGAACCGGUGCAAGAUGGCCAUUGCACUGGGCCUCAGCAGGUGCCUAAACCUGAGCCAGUCGCAGUAAUAAAUUGCAUAGAGCAGCGGCAGGACGCUAGAGCAAAUGUGCCGAUUUACGAAGCACCGAGUUUAGCCGAGUUGGAGGCAAAAGUGUGCACCACAUGCCACAGCUGGGCUACGACGGUACCUGCAUGUCCCUGCCGCCAGUGCUGCCUCCUUCGGCUCCACAUCAGUGCCUCUCCAGAAACAGCCUUCCGUUGGAGUGCAGGAAGCUUUUCAGCAUCAACCGCCUCAACCACUCAAAACCUCAUCAGGCAUUAUCCUUGGCUUCUUUUCCGGUGGGCGUGACGACAUUCCCCUUUUCUACGGCGAGACUCCAGCUAUGGUAGGUCUACAGCGUAAUAGGGAAAUGCAGUCCUUUUAAUCCUGCAUUGAACUUUUGACACGACCUGCAACGGAUGAUUACUCUCAUCCGCUAACUAAAGGUAAAACAUGUGAUUAUGCACAGAUGAUCAUUCUUAGCCCUCUUCUUCAAUGUUAUUACUGAAUGAGGAGAGUUCAGGGCUAGGGUAAGGUCCAAGAUUCGUGGUGCAGAUGCUUUGGCCAGGAUGGUGCCUGGCUAGGCGCCUCGACUUCUUUCAGGCAGUUGAGAUGGCUGCCAUGCAGGGAGCCAGAGAUUAUCACAAUGACAUCGGGGGUGUUGAAGGUCUAGUCCGGAGAACUUUCACUGCCAGACUGCCCGCAUGGUUGCACCGUCAGCUGGUACUUCCUUCCUGUCAGCAGGAUGGCAGAGAAGUGCCAGGCUGCCUGGGACACACAGUUGGGAAUGAAGCAUGUCUAGCCGUCGGUCACUGCUAUCUGAGGGCAGGGAACUCCCUCUACACAUGACCAUCACACGUGGCCCAUCAUGCACCCAUGGCUUUAGGACUCCAGUCUUCGGCUCAGAUAUCAGCCCAAUGCUCCAUCGGUACUUCGGUCCACCCCUCGUCGUGGAGGAGCUCGCCGCCGCCAGCCUGAAGUUAGGGCUUUGGUUGCUGAGAGCCAAAGCACUUUGUAACUACCUGUUCCUGCAGUCCACACCCUCCGGGCCAAGGUCCCCAGCCAACGGAUGGAAGAGUCGCCUCAGAGUUACAUUACUGAAAGAUUUUGGUGGCCUCGUUUCUGCCCAACGUCUGCAUGAAAGGCAGCUCGAGGACACUGCAAGGUUUCGCAGGAUCUCCUAUUGCUGUUACUGCUGAGGCUGAUCUGCCUUCCAACAUUCAUUCCAGUCUGAAGAUCAUACAUCGUGUCGUUAGAGGUCUCCAUUUUCCUGGCGACCUCUUGUUGGGAAUGGGCUUCCUUCAGCGUCUGCCCUUCGGCCUCUUUAUCCAUAGGAAUUACAUUGAGCUGGAUAGCCACCGCCUUCAUGUUCACUUUACUGGUGAGGGACCGCCAGCUAGCUGUAGUGUGCCAGAUUGUCACGAAUUUCAUGAGGAUUUUGGAGGGCUCUUAACCUCACAGCCGACCAUGGGCAUCUCUCCUGUUCUUGCAGCUAAAGUCACGUACCACCCAUCAACGGUCGGCGCUCCAGCGUGUGGAUGGUCAGCCAUACAUCAAACCCAGGAAGGUGAGUUCUGGCUCUGUGUUAGGGUGUGCAGAGUUUAUAGAACUUGGAAGUUGCAUCCACUGUAGCAGCUUCGACCAUCAACCAGCAAAAGGACCUGCCUUCAGAGGGUGCCUUGCCUUGUCCUUACCAAGAAAAUAUUGGAGGCCUGUCAUCCAACCCAGGUGGUUUUCCGCUGGUUGUUUAUCACUGUUAGCAGAAAACAAAUACAGAAUCGUGGGUGUCAGAGGCGAGUUCCUGGAUGAUGGAUUUGACAGGCUGGAAGGAGCUGUUCGUGUUCCCCUGAGAUGCCGGGCCUAGAUGACUGUUCGGAUAUCUAGGCCAUUUACAGAGAUAAUGGCUGGAAUUCUAAUCAGAUGAGUGGCGGUCUCUCCUAAAGGACUGUAAGUGAAGCACUGUGGCCUGUCACACCCAACGGGGUGGUAGAGCGCAGCAAUAACACUAGUUGCUCUCAUCUACCCUUCAGUGACCAGUUUCCUUACCAGCAGUUCCUCUCGUCCUCACCACCGCCAGACAUCAUUACGUAGGAAUCCAGCCCUCUACCUCCUGACAGGGAGGAUGGCGUUGUUUGCUAAGGGGCUUACGAAUCGGCAGACCACUGAUAGUCCUAUGCUACAACGUUUAGUAAAUGCUCGACUCUUAGCAAUAGAAUUGAGCUCAAAGACACAAGAGGCGAAUAAAAAGCAUUAUGACCAGUCUACCAAGACGCCCCCGCCUCUCGAGGAAGAAUCCCUAGUCAUGAAAAAAAAAAAAGAUUAGAGUGCCCGUAGGCCUCUUGGAGAUCGCCGGUCGGGACCUUGCCCGUGGCGUGUGGGUUCACAACAACCACAUCAGAGCUGGGCUUUGUCGAGGAAGGAGACCAACUUGCUUCUCCAGAGCUGGUUAUCCCGAGUGUGACACUGUAAGAUGCGAUACAGUGGUGUUAACAGUAUCGACUGUUAGUAUAUUUCUUUUUUCAAGUAUUGGUGACAGUAACACUAAGCUGGCUCGAUGCCACUAUUUGUCGAUUCCAAUUGUUCAUGUGAGAGUGUGAAGUAAAUGAUCCGAGGUCAUGCACUGUAAUGUUCCUCGCAAGGUGCACUUGUUAAAUUUACUGUUCACCCUUGCCUGCUCUCCGUCCGGGGAGGGAUUGUAGUGUACCCCGAGUUACACCUUUAAAUACUUCAGCUUUAAUUAAAAUGCACUUUGCCAAGAGCUAAAUAUUUUAAUGUAUUGCUCCUUUUCUUUUGAUUGCCAUGUAAAGUACAUUGUUUCCACGCUUGUUUUCCAGUGUCCAGCAACUUGCCGUGUACCCAGAGCUGGUUGGACCUGUGCUUUGUACUUGAUUUUUUUUUUAUUUUCUUUUUUUAUAUUCGUUGAUUGUUAUACCCCAUUUUAGUGCUCGUGAUUAGUUUAUAUCUUCAUUGUUUUCAGUGUUCUAACAAAUAAACAGUUCACCGUGA